GCGUUACGGCUGUCAGUUCAGUCUUCAUUGUUAGUUCGGUUAGUUUUACGUUGUUGUGGAUAGCCGAGUUUGGAAUACUUGAUUAAGGCGUUCGCCUCCUGUUUAUUAUUCUUCGUUAAAUUAACCGUGAACAGCAUAAUCCAAAGAAGAAGGUAUCAACGUAACUGCCAAACUCCAGACUCGUCUUGCCUGUCCAACAACACAGAAUUCACCUAACGCUAUGCCCAUUGUAGGUGGUGGGGUAUUAGAUUGCUUAUGUCCCAUUCAUUUCGACUAACUGCUGCUGAGGUUGACUCGCACCAAAUCCCUAUGAUGGAACGGGCACCUUUUAAGACACCUGCUGCAACAUUUGGAUCUUUUCCUGCUGCACCUGGCUAUCAAUCAGUCAUUGAAAAGGAAAACCGAGAAGGCGGGCAGCGAGUGGCGAGUAUUAGUUCUCCUUAUCCCGGUCCAUCACAUUCAGUUGCAAUGAUGACCUCAUCUAUCAGUUCCGAUGAAGACAUGCUAGACAUCACAACAACAGGAACAACUCAGGAGCGUACUUCGUUUGAUAACGAAUCUCGUAGCAUUGCAUCACCUGCCGGGUUAGGGGAAAUAACAGCCGAAGAUAUACCCGGAAUUGGUCAGUACGAUGAUUUUCAGACUAUUGACUGGCAGCGCGAUCUAGCUCGUGAUAGAAUGCACCACCGUUACAUCAAGAAACACAAAGAUGAAUCGAUUCUAUCGGCUGUUAAAGCUGCUCAUGAUGCUUGGUCUGGCUGGGUUUGUGUUCUUUCUGUUGGUGUAGCCGUGGGUGCCGUAGCCUCGUUCAUCGACAUUGGAACAACCUGGAUGACUGAUCUGAAAUAUGGAAUUUGUCCUGAUGCGUUUUGGUUCGACAGAGAGCAGUGUUGUUGGUCGUCAAAUCAAACAUCAUUUAGUGAUAAUUGUUCUCAGUGGUUGACUUGGCCACAGCUGUUUGGAGCAUCAGACGACUCGGCCGGCGGAUAUAUCCUUUCCUACCUAUUUUACGUUUUGUGGGCCGUUUCGUUCGGUGCUCUUGCCGCUAUCCUUGUGAGAAUGUUUGCCCCUUACGCUUCCGGUGGGGGUAUUCCAGAGAUCAAGACUAUUUUGAGUGGUUUUAUCAUUCGAGGCUUCCUUGGCAAAUGGACCCUUUUGAUUAAAUCAAUAGGUAUUAUGCUAGCCGUAGCUGCCGGAUUGAGCUUGGGUAAGGAGGGACCCAUGGUUCAUAUUGCUAUUUGUCUUGGCAACAUAUUUUCUUAUCUGUUUCCAAAAUAUGGCCGGAAUGAGGCAAAAAAACGUGAAAUUUUGUCAGCUGCAGCAGCUGCCGGAGUCUCCGUAGCAUUCGGCGCACCCAUCGGUGGAGUUCUUUUCAGUUUGGAAGAGGUCAGUUACUAUUUCCCGAUGAAAACUCUGUGGCGUUCUUUUUUCUGCGCCUUGAUUGCCGCUUUCAUCGUUCGUACUAUCAACCCGUACGGAAACGAGCAUUCGGUACUUUUUUACGUCGAAUAUAACAAGCCUUGGAUCUUCUAUGAACUAAUUCCGUUCACAGUGCUCGGUAUUCUAGGGGGACUGAUUGGUACUCUGUUUAUUCGAGCGAAUGUUUGGUGGUCUCGUUACCGCAAAGGAUCUCGUCUUGGUCAAUAUCCAGUUAUGGAAGUUUUGGGCAUCACCCUUAUCAACGGAAUCUUGGCAUAUCCAAAUCCCUACACUCGAAUGAGCUCGACGCGCUUGAUCUAUUUACUGUUUAGUCAAUGUGGUGUGGCCAACACCGACGACCUGUGCGAUUACCACCGAAACGUCACCGAUUCCAGCUCAGCCGUUGAAUUUAUAGAAUCUGGUCCUGGAGUCUAUCGUGCACUUUGGAUGCUGGCCUUGGCCCUCAUCUUCAAGUGUGUGAUCACCGUUUUCACGAUCGGCAUCAAAGUACCAGCUGGUCUGUACAUCCCUUCUCUUUGUAUGGGAGCCAUUAUGGGACGCAUUGUAGGGAUCGGCAUGGAACAACUGGCCUAUCAUAAUCCCCAUAGUUGGAUAUUUCACGGCGAAUGCUCCGCUGGAGGCGAAGAUUGCAUUACACCCGGACUGUAUGCCAUGGUGGGAGCGGCAGCUGUCCUUGGGGGCAUCACGCGGAUGACAGUUGCUUUGGUGGUCAUUAUGUUUGAGCUUACGGGAGGUGUACGAUACAUUGUGCCGCUCAUGGCUGCCGUAAUGGCAAGCAAAUGGGUGGGAGAUGCCUUUGGCAAAGACGGCAUUUAUGAUGCCCAUAUCGUUCUAAAUGGGUACCCGUUUUUGGACAACAAGGAAGAAUUCGGUCACACCACAUUAGCGGCGGACGUCAUGCAACCCAAGGCUAGUAAGCCUCUGACUGUAUUGACGCAAGACACAACAAGCUUAGAAGGAGUCGAAAUGUUGCUCAAAGAAACGGAUCACAACGGAUUUCCAGUCGUUGUGUCGAGAGAGUCACAGUUCCUUGUCGGCUUUGUUCUUCGGCGUGAUCUGUCCCUUGCCGUCGCCAAUGCUAAACGACUAACGGAAGGACUGAGGGACGAUUCACUAGUCUUAUUCACACCUAAUAUCCCUUCACCUUGGCACGGAUCACCACCAUUGAAGUUGAGACGCAUUUUGGAUCUAGCACCGAUCACAGUGACGGAUCACACGCCGAUGGAAACCGUCAUCGACAUGUUCCGGAAACUCGGCUUACGUCAAGUCCUCGUCACACAUAACGGGCGAUUACUCGGCAUAAUAACCAAGAAGGACGUUCUACGGCACAUGAAGCAAAUGGAUAGCGAAGAUCCAGAUGCAGUCAACGCAAACUAAAAAAAAAAAAAAAAAAAGCCAAAGCCGAUCGAAAACUCGUCUCGGGGUGAUCAUUUUUCUCUGUUUAGUAAAAUUGUUCGUUAGUAGCAACACCAUCGUGGGUGAGUCAAAUCCACCCGCUUGUUAAGAAAGUGAAGGUUUUGUUUUGAAGGGUGCAAGUUGUUGUGGUGUUCGCACUCUCUCCUUGACUUCGCGCGACUGUUGAAUGUUUUUUUUUUUCCCGACUCGAAUCUUAGACAUUUUAUAACUAUACUACCUUUUCAUCGUUUAACUGACGUAUUCUUUUCAGUCGCAUUCUUUACAUGCGAUUGAAAAUAGGUUUAAUUCUUUUAUUGACUGGUAGUUUUUUUUUUACCGUUCCACCGACCGCUUUUAACAAAAAACCAACAACCCAAUUUCUUUAAUUUUGAGGUCGGAUGUGUUUUUCGAUCUGAACUGACGGAGGGAAGUGAAUGUAAAAACGCCUCUCGGUUUACCAUCGUUGCAUGUGCAGUGUGUACACGUACGAGAUGUAACUACGAUGCUUCUGUUCCGCUCUUGUGUGUAUUGAUCGUGCCCUCCCCCUCCCCUUUCUUUCUUUCUUUCUUUGUCCAUGGGACCCCAUUGGCCCUUCAAUUCCCUCUUAUAUAAUCAAUAUCGUGAUCGUCUCCUGUUUCUUCCUCUCACUCCCAAAGGCUAUGCGCCUUCUUCUCAUUUAUCUAUUUUGACUGAACGAAAGAAAAUAGGACACAUUCCCUUAUUUGCUCUUUGCUUGAACUCCCGAAACGAACUAACGUGUGUAUUGAUUGCCAAAAUCUUGUGGGAACGGAAGAGAGACAGACGGAGAGAAAACAAAAAGUAAACCUACACUUUGACCUUUUGAACGAACUUGCGAUCGAACAAAUAAAAAGAAACAACAACACGCA